AUGUCUGAGGAGUAUAGAUUAUCAUUAGUCUCAGGUGGUCAACCUUUACCAAUCGGUGCCACUUUCACUGAAGAUGGUCGUCAUUAUAUCGUUCCUUUCAAUAAUCAAUUAAAAGUUUAUUUCAUAUCAACAAGACAAUGCAUAAGAUCAUUAAAAUUUAAUAAAUUAAAUAAUUUAAAUUUAGAUAAUUUGGUUUCAAUAAAAUUAGACACAGUGGAUCCAAACUUAAUAUGGUGUUUCUUAUCAAAUGGUGAUGCUCUAGUAAUUAAUUGGAAAGAAAAAUUAGUUAAUCCAAUAAUUAAAACUUUCAAAUUAGAUUUAAAUAAAGAUGAUUCAUUAUUAGAAAUUGUUCAAUUUAAUAAUGAAUCUUUCACCGUGAUUACAGGUAAAGAUUCAAAUAAACCUCAUACAAGAAAUAUAAUUCAAUAUACCAUUACAGACAACACAACAAAUACAUUAGAACAUGAAUCAUUAUCAAUCAUUAGAAAUGUUAUAUUAUUUACAAUUUCCAAAAAUACUAAUAAAUUAUUAUUUCUAAGUAAAUCCAAAAGUCAAAGAAUUUUAACAAUUGUUGAUUUAACUUCAAAAGAUUCCAAUAAUCAAACUAUAGUAUUCCCAUAUAAAUCAUUCAUUACUUCAUUAGCAAUUUCAAAUGAUUCCACCAUAGCAGUUGGUACUUCAUCAGGUGUUAUUCAUUUAAUUUAUGAAAAUUCUACAUCAACAACAAGAAUUUUAAAAUGGCAUAUUGAUCAAGUUUUAUCAUUAUCAUUCCAUUCAGAUUCAAAUUAUUUAAUUUCUGGUGGGUUAGAACGUGUAUUAGUAUUUUGGCAAUUAGAUACUGAAAAACAACAAUUUUUACCAAGAUUAAAUGGUGAUAUUAUUUCAAUUAAUUCUUCAUUUGAUGAAUAUAUUUCAUUAACUUUAAAACUAGAUGAACAAAAUAAUUCUAAAAAUUAUGAAAUUUUAUUAUUAUCAUCAUUAGAUUUAAAAUCAAGAUUAUCAAUAAAUGGACCAAGACAAGAAUUCAAUUCCGAUUUGAAUAAUGUUAAAAAAUUAAUUAAAUCAAUGUCAAAAUCUUCUAAAAUUGAUAUUUCAAAAUUAAAAUAUGAUUUUACAAGUUUUAUUAAAAUCCAUCCAAUAACAAAACAAAUUUAUAUUAUAAAUGGAUAUAAUUUACAAAUUUUUGAUUUUUUCAAAAAUGAACAAAUUUCAAUACAAAAAAUUUCUGAAUCUUUACAAAUUGGUAAAGUUAGAUCUGAACAUAAAAUCUUAGAUCCAUCAAUUACAAAAUUUGAAUUUACAAAUGAUGGUAAAUGGAUGGCAACUAUUGAAGAACAUCAUCAUGGUGAAAUUGAUAAUUUAUUAUCACAAAAUGAUUUAACCUAUAUUUUGAAAAUUUGGAAAUUUGUUGAAUCAACAACCAAAAACCCACAAUCAACACCAACAACUAGUCAAUCAUGGGAAUUAGUUACCAAAAUUAUAAAUCCUCAUGGUCAACAUGUUCCAAUAAUUUCUUUAAUUAGUGCACCAAGCUCAUAUUUCCAAGGUAUUGGAUUCCUUACAGCUGAUAACAACGGUGGUGUAAGGUUAUGGAGAUCAAAUAGUGUUAAUGGCUCAAAUGAUGGUUGGUCAUUAAGAAAAUUAAAACCAAGUUCAAAUGUUUUUUCAAAUUCUGUUAGUUUAACAUGGUCCAAAGAUUCAAGUUUAAUUUUCUUAGGGUUUGAAGAUGAAAUUAUUUCUAUUGAUACAAAUACAUUUGAAGAAAUUGAAAAUCCAGAAAUUAAUAAUAAAUUACAAAACAUUGCAGGUUCAAGAAUAAAAUCUUUGGAUAUUGUGGAUAAUAAUUUGAUUAUCUUAUCAAAAACUUCAAUCAAAUCAAUUAAUUUAUUAAAUUUAAAAGAAAAUGAUUUGGUAUUAAGUGUUAAUCAACCUAAACAUGGUGAAAACUUAAUCACAAUCAAUCAUAUCAAAAAUUUAAUCGCCAUUGCAGUUAAUUAUUUUAAUCCUCAAACAAAUAAAUUAAAUUCAAAAGUUUUCGUUUUCAAACCAACAUCUAAAACCCCAAUUUUCAUUGGUGAUCAUGAUGAUUAUAUUACAUCAAUCAAUUGGAACUUUGAAAAUGAUUUUAUAUUUAUAGAUAUAAAAUCCAAGAUUGGUUUAAUUUCAAAUUCCAAGAUUAAUAACAUUGAUAAUGAAUCAGCACCAACAAUAAUGGAUUAUGCCCAAGAAAUGAGUAUAUUAUUAAAUAAUGCUCAAUCAUCAAGUGAAAUUUACAAAACACAAGACGAAGUUGAUGAUUCUCAAGAAAUUAAUGGUCAAACUAAAUCAUUAGAUAUAAAUUCAUUCAAUAAUUUAUAUGAAAAUUUAAAUAGCAUUCAAUUAGAUACGUUAUUUGAACGUGUUAUGCAAGUUAUCAAUUGA